GUCAGUCAGUGUAACCCUCCGCCUGCGGUAGAUGUGCUGCGGCUGGAGUAGCCACCAUUUUGCAUGCCUGGUGUGUUCCUCCCUCCAUUGCUAAUAGAGAGACGGAUUCAGUUCUUUUUUGGCAUCACUGCGGCCAAGAAUGCCAGCUCCGAUUAGACUUCGGGAGCUGAUCCGGACGAUCCGGACAGCACGGACUCAGGCAGAGGAGCGUGAGAUGAUCCAGAAAGAGUGAGCUGCUAUCCGCACAUCCUUCAGAGAAGAAGACAAUACAUACCGUUGCAGAAAUGUGGCAAAGCUGCUUUAUAUGCAUAUGCUGGGCUACCCAGCACACUUUGGGCAGUUGGAAUGCCUGAAGCUCAUAGCGUCCCAGAAAUUCACUGACAAACGAAUAGGUUAUUUGGGAGCUAUGCUGCUGUUGGAUGAGAGGCAGGAUGUUCACCUACUCAUGACAAAUUGCAUUAAGAAUGACCUAAAUCACAGCACACAAUAUGUACAGGGCUUGGCCUUGUGCACUUUGGGCUGCAUGGGUUCUUCAGAAAUGUGUCGUGACCUGGCAGGCGAGGUGGAGAAGCUUCUCAAAACAUCUAACUCGUACCUAAGGAAAAAAGCAGCGUUGUGUGCAGUUCAUGUCAUCAGAAAGGUUCCAGAACUCAUGGAAAUGUUCCUUCCAGCCACAAAAAACCUGCUGAGCGAGAAGAAUCAUGGUGUUCUCCAUACAUCAGUCGUCCUCCUCACUGAAAUGUGUGAAAGAAGUCCUGACAUGCUGGCUCAUUUCAGAAAGAAUGAGAAGCUGGUUCCACAGUUGGUGAGAAUCCUGAAGAACCUAAUCAUGUCUGGGUACUCUCCUGAACAUGAUGUGUCAGGCAUAAGUGACCCUUUCCUGCAGGUGCGAAUAUUGAGACUACUGAGAAUUUUAGGCAGAAGUGAUGAUGAUUCCAGUGAAGCAAUGAAUGACAUUCUUGCACAGGUGGCCACAAACACAGAAACAAGUAAAAAUGUAGGAAAUGCAAUCCUGUAUGAGACAGUCCUUACAAUUAUGGACAUCAAGUCAGAGAGUGGAUUGAGGGUUUUGGCCAUUAACAUUCUAGGUCGCUUCCUUCUUAACAAUGACAAAAAUAUAAGAUAUGUGGCAUUGACAUCACUACUAAAGACAGUACAAACAGACCACAAUGCAGUGCAGAGACAUCGAAGCACUAUUGUGGACUGUUUAAAAGACCUGGAUGUGUCCAUCAAAAGACGGGCAAUGGAACUGAGCUUUGCGCUGGUGAAUGGCAACAAUGUUAGAGGGAUGAUGAAGGAACUGCUCUACUUCCUGGACUCCUGUGACCCAGAAUUCAAAGCAGACUGUGCAUCAGGAGUCUUUCUCUCUGCAGAAAAGUAUGCCCCUUCAAAACGAUGGCACAUAGACACCAUCAUGAGAGUUCUGACAACAGCAGGAAGCUACGUGAGAGAUGACUCUGUUCCUAACCUCAUCCAGCUCAUCACCAACAGUGUGGAAAUGCAUGCGUACACUGUGCAGAGACUAUACAAAGCACUGCUUGAUGACAUCUCACAGCAACCUCUUGUGCAGGUGGCAUCCUGGUGUAUAGGAGAAUAUGGAGAUCUGUUGGUUUCUGGUCAGUGUGAAGAAGAGGAACCAAUCCAGGUGACUGAGGAUGAAGUCCUGGAUGUUUUGGAGGGACUUUUGGCAUCUAAUCUGUCCACACCUGUAACCCGGGGUUAUUCUCUAACUGCUAUUAUGAAGCUGUCAACGCGCUUCAGUGGUGUAAACCGAAUUAAGAAGGUGGUUUCGAUAUAUGGCAGUAGCAUCGAUGUCGAGCUUCAGCAAAGAGCUGUGGAAUAUAACGCUUUAUUUAAGAAAUAUGACCACAUGAGGCCAGCUCUCCUGGAGCGAAUGCCUAUAAUGGAGAAAACUGCUACCAAUGGUCCAACAGAGAUUGUGCAAACGAAUGGGGAGAUGGAGCCCUCUGCUGUAGAAGCUAAACAUCCACCACCUGUCAGCCAGCCAACCAGUCCGGUGAGAAAGGCUAACGAUUUGUUAGACCUUCUGAGUGGUAAUGAUGUGGUUCCAGUAAUCCAGACCACUUUGCCCAGCAAGCCUGCCUCAGCUGGAGGAGAUCUGCUCGAGCUCCUUGGUGACAUCUCACUAGGUGGAGGUCCAGCACCCACUCCUGCUCCUGCUCCGGCUCCUGCCGUAUCUUCAACUCAACCAGCUUUCCUCCUUGAUGGCCUCACCUCACAGCCUUUGUUUAAUGAUAUUGCUCCUGCAGGUAUCCCUCCCAUGACGGCAUACAACAAAAACGGUCUUAAAAUAGAUUUCACGUUUGAGAGAGCCAACCCCAAUCCAAACAUUGCAGUCAUCACCAUCCAUGCUUCCAACUCCACUGAGGCAGACAUGACAGACUUUGUUUUUCAAGCUGCAGUACCAAAGACAUUCCAGCUGCAGCUCCUCUCCCCUAGCAGUAACAUUGUCCCAGCACUCAACCAGGGAUCUGUCACACAGGUCAUCAGAGUCCUCAACCCACAGAAGCAACAACUUAGGAUGAGAAUCAAGCUGACCUACACACUCAAAGGCUCACCUGUGCAAGACCUGGCUGAGGUUAACAAUUUCCCUCCUCAGUCCUGGCAGUGAUGAGCUGCUGCUCUUGCUCCUCGAUGCCCCACCAAGGGAACUAUGAAAACAAUUUCUUUUCACCUCCCUUCUUUCUUCCAAUGGAUCCCCCUGUGACGUCACUGCAGACCGUUGACUUUGAGUUGCAUGGGAAGCAGCAUCCAACACAGGAGAAAAUGCAGAUGUUACGAAUACACUGUUGACUUUUAACAUCACAAGCAUAAUUGGGGAAAAAACAUAUCAAUCAGUGAACUUUAUCUUAUAUUCUUUGAUGGUUUCCAUGAUCUUUUGAUUCUGAGUAUGUUCUUUCCCCAUCCUCCAUCCAUCGCCAUCAACCCCCCACGAAGCACAUGCAGCACACUCAUCAGUCACUGUGGUACAGCUUACCACACACCUCACAUCACUGUAGAGAACAGUUGCCCUACCUGAGCGAUGCAGUACUCGUAGUUCUAUUUUUGAUUUGUAUUUAAAUUGGAAUUACAGGUUAAAUGCUUUAAUCUAGUAACAUUCACGAUUGGCUUUGACUUUUGGCUUCAGACAUUUUAAAUUAACCUCAAUACCACUGAUGGCAGCAGAAUUAUUUACUCUUUUCCCUUUUUGACCGUCCGUAUCAUUAGUGAUAUAACUUGUCAGAGUUGUUUAUCUCUUUAAAUUGCAAUACUUGCUUAAUCAAUACAUGCUUUAGACAUGAUUAAGAAUUGUUUAGGAUCACAAACACAUUGAUCUGACAUCAGAGGAGGCUCGCGCAGUAAGCAGUUAAUCCUAUGGGUCCGUGGGAAGUAGUUGCAAUACUAAAGCAUGAACCGAUCCAAGAUGCCUGGUUAGAUGACCUUUGACCUCUCAGACCUCCCCACCCAGCUCUUAUCUGACCUUGUAGCUUUAGUUUAAGGUAUUUAUAUUAAACUCACCAGUUGAUUUCUGUGCACAGCCUAAAAUUGAUCUAAAAAACAUGUUUAAUUGCAUUUAUGUUGGGGGAUAAUUUUAAAAACUCUAAAACGAAUCUCAACAUCUCUGUCCUCAGAGUCUGGCUUGAAGUUAAGAUACAUUUCAGAUUAAUUUAUCCUGGUUGAGCCAUGCACAUAUAUGUAAAUGAAGCUCAUUAUGAAUGUAGUUACAUGCACUGAAUGCUUUUUCUCUCUUUUUUCUCGUCUUUGUUUUACCCAUGGCUGUCUUCUUGGACGAGGAUAUUUGUCUUCUUAGCACUAUUUUUGUGAAAUCAGUUUCUGCAGUAAUUUGACUUAGUUAUUUAUGCCUGGUAUCAAAGUGAUGUGCCUUUCUGACUUGGCAUGACAAAAGCUCCCCUGGCUGUGCAGUUCUGUAUGAGCCCUGUAAGUUUGCCAGUGUGCUGAUUGUGUUUGCAACCUGAGAUAAAUGUUCCUCUAUAUCACAUAACUACAGCAAGUUCCUACUUUUUCCAAAUCUUCUUUCCAAUUAGUUAAUCAUGGUCGUCUUGCUUAUCAUUCUAUUUUUUUUCUCUUGAAGAAAAAAAAUCCCAAUAAUACAAUUAUGAUUUUAACCAUCCUCCCCAUUAUUGUGCUGUGUUGUAGACUCAUUUAAAACACCUGUUUGUUGUUUAUGACUCAUUAAAAAUGAAGCAAAUUUUAAAUACAGUGGCAGCUAAUAGAUGUAAACUUUUCAUAAAUUGACAUGGAGGUUUUUAAAAAGUGUAAAUGUUCCAAUUUCCUCACCCAAGUCAUCAUGUCGUUUGAGGUACUGCAGUUGUUUUUUCUUUCUGUGUUGAUUGAUUAAUUGCCUUUGGUUUGAUUCAUGGUUCCCCUUGGAGUACGCUUCUGAUGUUGAAGUUGGGGAUACAGUAACCCUUAAAUCUUAUCACUUUCAGUGACAGUAGAUCAAUAGCUUUGUUUAAUCGUGAACUGCGAUCAAGGGAAGCAUCUGCAUGAGAGGAACUGGGGAUAGUUUGCACAUCUCAUUUCUUCACUAGCCUCACAGCUGUGUGUUGCUGUCAGGAGAUCUCUUCUGGUUCAUUCAGGCUGUAUACAUCUUUUCUCUUCUGCUUUGCUAUCUUCUAACUUCUGUGACCAAAUCAGAGAGAUUAUUAGCUUUGAAAAUAUAUUUGAGUUAGGGAAUGUGUAUAUGAAGAAUAAUUAUUUCACUUUUUUCAGUUUUUUUCUGUACAUAUUGAGGGCUUUUACUAUUUUGUCUCUUGUACUAUCUUUCAUUCUUUUUUAGAUACCAUUUUCUAAAAUUUCAAAUAUUCACACUGUAUAUUGUCUACAUAGAUGGAGUCAUCAUCAGUUAAUUAAGACCUCCCUGUAUCAUCAAUAACAGGUUGUAAAAGAUAUAUGAUCCGCUGCCUGUACAUUGUAUAUAGUUGUAAAACAGACCAGAGUUGCUCAGAUAAAAUAAAACCCCAAAUAAGAAUUAAAAGAUUAGCUAGGGAUUAUACUUGUAUGCAUAUUAUGUACAAAACAGAAUCUUAAAAAUGAUGCAAUUGAUCUGCACUUCAUCUGAUUCACUGUUCCUCAUACUUCAUCUAUUACUUGUCACAUUUGCUUAAUUUACAUUAGUGAGAGUUUAGUUUUGGUUUCCCUGAUUGACGACGUAAAGGUUGAGUCUAUCUUAGCAGUUGCUCUGUACUACUGAGAAUUCUAAGCACAGUUCUGCAUAGCAGCAGGAGUGGCACCUUACUUCCACUGUCUCAACACCUGCCAAGUUGCCUCCCUUCCUUUUGGCCUUGUAUGUGAUUCCUUGUUAUUUCUUUGACAACUCUUUUAGCCAACAGUUGAUUUGUAGGAACUCCCUUUUGGUUUUUGGCAUUGCUAUUUUCCUUUGUUGCCCAUUAUUUCUUUGUCUUGCAUGUAGCACCUUCCCAAGAGCUCUAUGUCUUCACCUGACAAAGCCACUACUCAUGCUACACAAUGCGUUUUCUGUCCUCACUGUGGCUCACUACCCCAUGUCUAGUAUGUAUAAAAUGGAGCACACCUUUAUAAGGUCACUGAUAUGUAAAAUGGAGCCGCAGCGUCCUGAGCAGAACAGUGCAUUUUUUCUGCAUUUUCUUUGUUUCCAUCCUGUUUCCAAUGUAUUUGGACAUCAUGACACAUGCACUUGUUCUGAUGCUACAGUCUGAAAAAUGGGGUCUUGACCAGCUCUAUGCCGUCAGGAUGUGGCUUGUGCUACAACAUUAUAACCACAAGAGGGAGAUGUCCUAAAACAAGGUUUAUUGGGUGUGUAGGGAACGUUUCCUGCAUUUUAUUCAGCAUAGUUUUCUUAGUGGUUUGCAUUGUCACAUCCAUCAGGUACCCUAGUUUAUCAGAAGCGCUGAAUUUAUUCACAGAUGAACAAUAAUUCUUGCAGUUUUAAAUCUACAACGAAAACUAACCCAACAUAAGUGCUUUGGACAUUUAAAAUGAAGAAGUACGUACCAAUUUAAAGAUCUAUUACUGUGUGUGAGUUGAGUGUAAACAUAUUUUUGAGAUCAUGUGUGAAAUGUCUUAACUUAAUAGGACAUCGUUGGCUGCAACUUCAACUUCAGCUGCUGAGCUGCAUGUGAAAACCAGUGUAAAUAAUGCCAUUUCUACUCUUGAUCUGAGAUUCUUUUUGAAAUGCAAGAAAUUCAUUUAAUAAAAUUGGUCGCACCACUUUCAUUAGUCAGGAAUAACCUGUUCAAUGGACAGGUGUUCAGAUAGUGCUCAAAAUACUGUUAUUGUUUUUACAAGGGUGUUGAAAGUGCAUAUUCAUCAUUUGGAUUAUUCAGAUUACUGAUUUUCUUUAGAAUUUGUUUGGUUGAAUUCAGUGUGUUAAGGGCUUGAAAGGGGAUCAAAAUUAGGACAAUGUUGAGUUUCCCUGUGUAAUCAAGCAACCAUUUUGAAAACAAGAUGUUUGUAACCCCCGCAGGCUCUUCCUGACUGUAAACUGUAUCUUGUCUGAUUUGUUGGGAAAGAGGAUGGAAGCAUAAGGUACACUUUUCCCCCCAGUCAGGUUUGACAUGUUAAACUGGAAUCGUCCAGUUUAUUGACUUAAAGAUAGGUGUGAAUGUCAGACUGAAAGUGUGAAAAAAAUGAUGGAAGAUGAAAAGUUGUAAACUAUUAAAUGGGAUAUUUUCAAUUUAUGCUGUGUAUUGUUGUCUUUGGGUUGGAGAAAAUGAUCAAGCAAAUAAAGAAAACUCCAAUAAAA